AUGAAGCAUUCUAUACUAUUUCCAAUCUGGCUGGGGACCUUUCAGCUCUCAAAUUGCAACACCCAAGAUCUGAGAGUUAUAUUGACUGAUCCAAAGAAUGAAUGGGCUCCUACAACCGCAGUUUCUUUCCCAGACAGUCAGGCGUUCACGAAUGCCACACUUCGAUGGGAUAUCUACGCACCACCAACCUAUGUCGCGGCUAUCAGCCCAGGCACAGCGGCUGAUGUGGUCAAGAGUGUAAAACUAGCAAGAAGCCACAAUAUCUCUAUUCUUGCAACAGGUGGAAGACAUGGCUACACUACCACGUUCAAAAAGCUUCAAAAUGGACUGGCCAUUGACUUGAGUAAGCUGGACACGGUUAAUAUUAACCAACACGCCGAGACAGUGACUGUCGGCGGGGGUGUACGAGUAGGACAGAUCUUCGAUCCCGUGUAUAAUGCCGGAUUCGAGCUGCAGACUAUUACUUCACAAUGUCCUGGAAUGAUUGGGUCCACUCUUGGUGCCGGAGUUGGUCGUGAUGAAGGCCGAUAUGGCCUAGCAAUAGACGCUUUGCAGUCUGUUCGUCUUGUGACUGCGGAUGCCCGGCUCAUCGACGUGUCAGCCACCUCUCAUGCUGAUCUCUUCUGGGCUAUCCGUGGCGCGGGAGCAAACUUUGGCAUCAUCGUAUCGGCCACGUACAAAUUGCAUAAUAUUCUAAAUAAUGACGAUUAUGAUGGCAAGGUCACGAACGUUGACAUUAUUUUCCCCGCGAACAUGAGCGCCACCUAUUUUAACACUGCGGUUAAUUCUUACAACGGAUCUCUACCCGCCAAGCUGUCAGCAGAAACAAUUGUUAUGUACGAUGCUGAGUCCAAUGGCGCUCACCUCUUGGCUAACUGGGUGUACUUUGGACCAGAAGCCAAGGCGCGUGAAAUCAUGGCUCCGAUCUUAAACUUGCAGUCGGCCACAAUAUCGCUCAGCGUCGUACCGUGGAAUCAAGUCGCGAAUAAAUACCUGUUUGGGACGGACCCAUCAAACUGCGCAGGAGGCCGAAGUGAGAACGUUUAUGGUGUCAAUAUGAAGAAUAUGUCACCCUCCACAUAUCAGGCAGCUUUUGAGAAGAUGGGACAAUUCUACGCUGAUCAUACCGACGGCCGCCAAGCCUUGCUCUCGCUUGAAAUGUUCCCAAACGAAGCCGCUCGGGCCAUUCCGGAUGCAGCUACGGCGUAUCCCUGGCGUGAUACUGUGGCUCACUUACUAAUUCUCCUUACUGAAGCGGGUACUGCGGGGGACGAGCUCGGCCGCCAGAUUCGCAGUGACUUUGCGGCAACGUCGGGGUAUCCUGACCUAGCUGUCUAUGUGAACUAUGCUCAUGGUGACGAGUCGCUAGAGCAGAUCUACGGUCGUUCCCAGUUACCAAGGCUGGCAGUCCUGAAGAAAACGUGGGACCCAGACAAUGUUUUCGGUUUCAAUAAUGCGCUGCCCACGCAGUAUCCAUGAUUGCGGGGGGUUUGAACGGAAUGAAUUAAGAACUCGGUGUUCUAAUAACUACCUCCUAUGUAAAAUAGAUAGAUAUCCAUUCA